AUGACGCCGUUGAAGACGAAGGACAGUCGACCACUACAAGUCUGUUACAUCUGUUCUGCGAGUCUACAUAACUGUUACAUGCUACGGACGAGCUGCCGCCGCAGUGAGGAGCUGUUGACACAGAUGCUUCACAGCAACACGUUAGAAUCGGUAAAGCGACAGGAUGCUCCAACCACCACCGGCAGGCUGCGGGUGACGGCCGUGGUGCACUUCAGCAUGGGGGGAGUACCCGAAGGCAACAGCGCCGCUGAUGUUAAAGCCGAGUCUCCGGAGGUAUUCGUCGAUGUCGUCGUGAAGAGAGAGGACGCUGAGGGUGUACAAGACUGUCCCCCAAAAGAAAAUGGCGCACACUCUGUAGGGUCCGAUGAUGAUUUACCUCUAGAUAUCGUGAAGAACGAACUGCAAGUGGAUACAAGUGUGAGCCCAAGGAACGAGGAACCUCUCGCGGUCACUUCGAGCAGCUUGAGCAAUGGGGUGCAAGCAGCGGUGAAGGUGGAACACAUGAUCGGCGACGACAAGCCGUUUUACUUCCAGUGCCGGGCGUGCAAGAAGAGCUUCUACGAGCGGCGCCGCCUCAACGCGCACGCCUGCCCCCACGCCGACAAGAAGCCCUACAAGUGCGACGUGUGCGACAAGCGCUUCCAGCUCAAGUGUCGUCUGAUGUUCCACGCGCGGAAACACUGCGAGGAGGAGCCGUACCGCUGCAGCCUCUGCGACAAGACCUUCGACAAGAGGUACCGCCUCAACUACCACGUCCGCGCGCACACCGGCGAGAAGCCUUACCAGUGCGAAGUGUGCGAGAAACGGUUCAUAACCAAAAAUUACUUGUCGAAGCAUGGCCGCAUGCACAGCUCGGAGCGACCGUUCGAGUGCGACGUGUGCAGCAAGACGUUCAAGCUGAAAUCGAACCUGGUCACUCACGUGCGACGGCACAGCGACGAGAGGCCGUUCCGGUGUCACGUUUGUAACAAGGGUUUCAACUAUAACGGGAACCUGAAGAAGCACAUUCAGAUCCACACCGGGGAGCGGCCGCACGCGUGCGAGGCCUGCGGGAAGCGGUUCAUCAACAACAGCGACCUGGUCAAGCACCGCCGCACGCACUCGCGCUCCGGCGAGAAGCCCUUCCGCUGCGAGCGCUGCCACGAGACCUUCAACUACAACAGCAACUUCCUCAAGCACAAGCGGGAGAGGUGCAGGCUCAGCCGGACCGAUUAA